UACUGCAACAGACACAUCAUCAGCAUCAACAUGGACAAGCUGUCUACUGAAACCCAGAACCGCAAGCGGAUCAAGGAAGUGGAGAAUGCUUUCAGCCCACCGGGAGAGCCGCUUUCCAAACCGAAUCGGAUCCUGGUGGGAGAGGGAACCUUGAUGAAGCAGGGUCGGAAGAAGUGGGAGCAGAAAGCAUUCUUCCUCUUCAACGAUAUCCUGGUGUACGGCAGCGUCAUCAUGAACAACCGCUGGUACAAGAACCAGAAGAUCAUCCCUUUAAAGGACAUCAGGCUGGAGGACAUGGAAGAUGGUGAAGAAUUUAAAAACCUGUGGUUAAUCUGCACGCCUCGCAAGUCUUUCUACAUCUCUGCCCCCACCUGCGAGGAGAAGAAAGCCUGGAUGAUGCACAUCGAGCUUUGCCAGAGCUCCCUGCUGCAGGAGCAAGUCCCCCAACAAAACCUCACCUUCGCCAAAUCCUGGAUCCCUGACCAUGCUGCUCAGAAAUGCAUGCGCUGCUUCGUCACAUUCACCCCAAUCAUUCGCCGACACCACUGCAGAAAGUGUGGCUUUGUGGUGUGCAACAAGUGCUCCAAGGACAGAGCCCGAAUCAACCACAUUGACCCCAAGAAACUGCUGCGUGUCUGCAAGAUCUGUAGCAAAAUAUGUAAGGAAAAUGAGACUUAUCGAGCAAAGUCGGACAGUUCUGGUUGGAGGGAUGAUGAAGACGGGAGAUCCAGUGAUGAUGAGUAAUCACAGACCAAUCGUCAUUAAAGAACUAUACUCUAGGUUUAAACUAAAACUGUGUGACAGAGACUUUGUGCACACUUUAUAUGUCCCCUCUUUGGAGAAAAUGUAGCACUAAAGAGCAUGUCAGGUGAGAUAACAUGGAGAGCAUCAGAAUCCCUGUGAGCAGAAAUAUGUGUGAGUUCAAUUUUCCUCAUUAGGGAGGGAGAGGAUGGACACCGGUCAGCGGUCACCAAUAUUGAAUAGGGGGGAUUACAAGGCCUGCAAAGACAAGAAAAGAGCUAAACAAUUACAAAAAUGUUGGACUCGUGGAUCUGUAAAAAAUAAAAUGACUUUCUGCAAAAAGCUGCAGUUCAUAAAGUAUUCAAGAGGAGAUCUACUGUAUAUAACCAUAUCCUUGUGGUCAAACUGUUGUUUUUUCUUUGUAUGUACUGAAAAAAAGUCUAAUUCAUU